AUGGACUACAAGGACUACAAGGACGACAAGGACAUCAAGGACUACAAGGACGACAAGGAUGACAAGGACGACAAGGACAUCAAGGACUACAAGGACGACAAGGAUGACAAGGACGACAAGAACAACAAGGACGACAAGGACGACAAGGACAACAGGGACGACAAGGACAACAAGAACGUCACUGACGACAAGGACGACAGGAACGACAAGGACAACAAGGACGACAAAGACAUCACGGACGAGAAGGACAACAAAAACGUCACGGACGACAAGGACGACAGGACCGACAAGGACAACAAGGACAACAAGGACGACAAGAACGACAAGAACUACAAGGACGACAAGGAAUAUAAGAACGACAAGGACUACAAGGACGACAAGGACAUCAAAGACGACAAGGACGACAAGGACGAUAAGGACGUCAAGGACGACAAGAACAACAGGGAAGACAAGGACAACAAGAACGUCAAGGAGGACACGGACUACAUGGACUAUAACGACAAGGACGACAAGGACGACAAGGACGACAAGGACGUCAACGACGACAAGGACAACAAGGACUACAAGGACGACAAGGACGACAAGGACGUCAAGGACGACAAGGACGACAAGGACGACAAGGACAACAAGGACGACAAGGACUACAAGGACUGCAAGGACGACAAGGACUAUAAGACGACAAGGACGACAAGGACGUCAAGGACGACAAGGACGACAAGGACUACAAGGACGACAAGGACUAUAAUACGAUGA